AUGGCUCCUCGAUCGGCCUCUCCGCCAUCCAUAUCCUUUGCGGGAGGCUCUCUCGCCCGGCAGAACAUAGGCUCUCGGCGUAGCUCUAUGCUGAGUGUCGCUCAGAUCGACGAGAUGAUCACGGAUGACCGCAUCAACAUGGACACCUAUGGAGUGUCCGAAAUGCGAGAUGGCUUCUUCGAUGCAUUAUUCCUGAAGCCCCUACCCAUCGCCCCAGGCGAAGUCAUCGAGAGCUCCAAGGCAGCGCUGCCAAUGGAAUUCGACAAGAGUCAUCCACUCUCUCCAAAGGCUUUCCUCCCUCGCCAGUGGCAUGAGCUGCAGUCAGUGGCGAGGCGUAUUACGACCACGAGAGCUGGUAUCAAGCUUCUCAAGUCCUUUACGGCUUUCUUUGUGGCGUAUGUUCUCUGUCUUAUACCGGCGGUGCGAAGCUGGCUGGGUCGAUAUGACUACGUCAUGGCGAUAUCCGUCAUUGUCAACCAUCCAGCUCGUACGGUUGGAUCACAAAUAGAUGGUGCUGUCUUCACUAUUAUCGGCACCGCCUGUGGGUUGACCUGGGGCGCCAUCGGCCUGCUAAUUUCUACUUCCACACCUUCCGCAAGUGCUGGCUAUGGUGGUAUCCUGACCAUAUUCCUCGCUCUGUUCAUGGCCAGUGUCGGAUACAUCCGAUCCUUCUUCAUUCGCUUUUACCAGGCAGUUCUGGCUGCUGGACUGGCCGUUGCUUUCACUACACUUGCAGAGACAAGUAGUCGAGACAUCGGGUGGGCCAAGUUGCGAAGCUAUGCCGUACCCUGGCUUUUGGGACAGGCUAUCGCUCUAGUCAUCAAUCUUGUCAUGUUUCCCAAUGCCGGGAACCGCCCGCUCACCGCGGCCCUUGACAAGUCUUUCAGGACUAUGCAGGAAGCUCUCAUCAUCCCUCGCCCCAGGAAUAGGAGGCUGAGAAGACGCCUUGCAAAGACCUUCAUGGACAUGUCACUGGCGUAUCGUGACAUGAGAAUCGAUAUCACCGUAACUCGGUUCCGCCCUGCAGAUGUACGAGAUUUGCGUAACCUCGUGCAGGGUGUUGUGAGGGCGCUCUUGUCAAUGGAUACGGAAACUCUCCUCUUUGAGGAUUGGAACUUGGAAGAGCAACAAGUUGAGAUCACUAUAGGCGAUCCGGAUGCAGCUUCGGUUGAAGAUCCGGACUCGUCAGACGAAAGGUGUGAGUCAUUAUUCGAUUUGGAAGACGUCCGUCGUAAGGUAGCCAACACCCUGUCGGAACCUACGAAAGAAGUCCUCGCUUGCAUGGCAGAAAGCAUGAAGAGAUGCCAUGCCGCGCUGAUGGAUCUCUCCGGUCAUCGCAGCUACUUCGGCCCACCUGCCGACAUUUCGCCAGAUAUCACCCCUAUUCAAAUCCGCAUGACGACUGCCCUAGCUACUUUUGACAUGGCAGAAGCAAGCCUGCUGGUUUCCAGCGACAUCCCUGAAUCUUACGCCGACCAGUCUGAGACGGUCGAGCUUUUCGUCUUCGCAAGGCAUGUCCGCGAGGCUGCGGCCACUAUUUCCAAUCUCAUGGUCAAAGUUCACGAAAUGUACAUCAGUUGUGACCGCAUGCGGGUGAACCUCCCCACAUACCCUCCCUGGAAGGCUGUCUACCGUACCAAUGCCCAGGUCAGACAUGACCGCGGCGGUGUCACUGCUGGCAUAUAUCAGGCGACAUUUGCGGAGAUUUCGCACAUGCUGGACAGGGAUAAGCUUGGGUACAGAAUUUGGAUGAUCCUCCAUCGAAUGCAGGGGUUCGAGAGCAGAUAUGCCCUCAAAGUUGCCAUCCUGGUCUCGUUGCUGUCAAUCCCUGCAUGGUUGACCGGCGACUCGAAGUGGUGGGAUCACUACGAAGCCUGGUGGGCUGUGUGCAUGGGUUGGAUCAUGAUGCACCCAAGAGUUGGUGGCAAUGUGCAGGAUCUCGUAACACGAGCCUUUGCGGCCAUCUUGGGUGCUGUCUGGAGCGGUGCUGCCUACGCUGCUGGGAACGGAAAUCCCGUCGUCAUGGCCACGUUUGCUGCCAUCUACAUGAUCCCCAUGCUAUUUCGCUUCACUCAAAGCUCACACCCACGGUCGGGCCUGGUCGGAUGUCUCUCAUUCACAGUCAUCUCUCUUGGGCUGCAGAACCAGUCCGAUGCAUCGUCCGCGGCUCUUCUCGCGAUUCACAAGGGUUUAGUGUUCUUUGUCGGCACCACGACUCCGAUCAUUGUUAACUGGGUUCUUUGGCCAUUCGUUGCGCGGCACGAGCUCCGAUAUGCACUUUCAUCCAUGCUCUUCUUCAUGAGCGUCAUAUACAGAAAUGUUGUCGCAAACUAUGUGUACUUCGACGAGGGCGAAGAUCCGACCCCUGAUGACAUUACAAGAUCUGAGAUGCUGGAAAGUCGUAUGCGCGAAGGCUUCGUCAGAGUUCGACAACUCCUAGUCAUGACCCGCCACGAACUCCGGCUUCGUGCUCCCUUCGAUCCCUUGCCAUACUCCGCCCUGGCAGGCGCCUGCGAACGCUUCUUCGAGUACCUUAUUGCCGUCCGCCAGUCUGCACUCUUCUACAACCCAAAUUAUAUCCGCGACAACCCAGUCGCCGCAGAGAAGCUUCUCAGUUAUCGUAGGGAUGCCGUGGCAUCUAUCCUAGGAAACUUGUACAUCCUAGCUGGGGCUUUACGAUCUCAGCGAAAAGUACCCCGUUAUCUUCCCAGUGCCGCAGCAGCUAGAAAGAAGCUUCUUCUAAAAGCCGGCGAAGUUGCGAAGGAGAUGGCUGAGAAUGUCGAAUAUCAGGAACUCGAGAGACAAAAGACGUGGAGCGACAUAUACAGCUACUCGUACAACGAGAGCCUGACAGGCUGUGUCGCCCAGCUUGAGGAGUUGGAGAAGUUCACCAAGGUCAUUGUGGGUGAAAAGGGGUGA